GAGUUGUGUGCCUCACAUGGCAGAGGAAUAGUGGUAGUUUCACACCAAGACUUGAGAAGCACUUGGAGAUUGGCAAUCCAUGGAGCUGGUGUCACCGUAUUCAUGACAUUUCCCUUAUAAAGCAUUGCCAGUGUGCUCAAGGACAAAGCAAGGGUUAUGAUGGAGUGCAGAACACAGAGUCAGUGUGUGGCUGUAUGGCUUAGUAUUGCAGGAGUGACACAAGUAAAAGGAGUGUGGGCCAUAGUGGGUGGCAGACUGGCAGUGUUGUGGAAUGUGCCAGCUGUGCACACGUAGAGGCUUGUGUUAUUGUUGGCUGUGUGAGAAGUGCUGAUAGUUCUCUUUAGUUGUGAAAGCAGAUGCUGUCUGCUCUGUUGGUCUUUAGUUGAGAGUGGUGGUGUGUGGUGCAUUUAGUGUGUGUACCGUGCAUGGUUAGCACACGGUGAAAGGGAUGCUCUGUCACCACCAGUUUAAUGUAGUCAAGACCAUUAAGCUUCUCAAUGAUUAGUGCUGAUUAGCUGCUUCACUACAUGACAUGUCUUCAUAUUUAUUCUGGUUGAGUGCCAGGAGGGCAGUGCAAGGACAGCGUCAUGGCAUCGCAGGGGUACAGCGCAGACGAGUCCAGUGCGGACCGCAAUGUGGAGAUCUGGAAAAUCAAAAAACUUAUCAAGAGCUUGGAGAUGGCCAGAGGGAACGGCACCUCCAUGAUCUCCCUCAUCAUCCCUCCAAAGGACCAGAUUGCGAGAGUCAGCAAGAUGUUGGCUGAUGAGUUUGGCACAGCUUCCAACAUCAAGUCCCGAGUCAACAGACUGUCCGUCUUGUCAGCCAUCACUUCUGUACAGCAGAGACUCAAACUCUACACUAAAGUUCCGCCCAAUGGCUUGGUGAUCUACUGUGGUACCAUCGUCACUGAGGAGGGCAAGGAGAAGAAAGUUAACAUUGAUUUUGAACCUUUCAAACCAAUCAACACAUCUCUCUACUUGUGUGACAAUAAGUUCCACACGGAGGCACUCUCGGCACUGCUGGCAGACGACAACAAAUUUGGCUUUAUUGUAAUGGAUGGUAAUGGGGCGCUGUUCGGCACGCUCCAAGGAAACACGCGAGAGGUCCUACACAAGUUUAAUGUUGAUUUACCCAAGAAACACGGUCGUGGUGGUCAGUCUGCCCUUCGAUUUGCCCGUUUGCGUAUGGAGAAGCGCCACAACUAUGUCAGAAAGGUUGCAGAGACGGCAGUGCAGCUCUUUAUCUCCAAUGACAAGCCUAACAUUGCGGGAUUGGUCUUAGCGGGUUCAGCCGACUUCAAGACUGAGCUCUCCCAGUCAGACAUGUUUGACCCGAGAUUACAAGGCAAAGUUAUAAAGCUGGUUGAUGUGUCUUAUGGUGGAGAGAAUGGCUUCAAUCAGGCCAUUGAAUUAGCAGCGGAGUCCCUAGCCAAUGUCAAGUUUAUUCAGGAGAAGAAGCUCAUUGCCAAGUACUUUGAGGAGAUCAGUCAAGACACGGGGAAGUAUUGCUUUGGUGUGGUGGACACGCUCAAGGCUCUGGAGUGUGGAGCCGUGGAGAUCCUCAUCUGCUGGGAAAACCUGGAUCUUGUCAGAUACGUGCUCAAGAACCACCAGUCGGGAGAGGAGACCAUCCUGCACCUGACGCCUGAGCAAGAGAAGGACAAGACCCACUUCACUGACAAGACUACUGGAGUUGAGCUGGAGCUUGUGGACUCAAUGCCUUUACUAGAGUGGCUGGCGAAUAAUUACAAGAGUUUUGGUGCCACCUUGGAGAUCAUCACUGACCGCUCACAGGAAGGUUCCCAAUACGUCCGAGGAUUUGGAGGCAUUGGAGGCAUCUUGCGCUAUAAGGUGGAUCUACAGCAGUUAGCAGAUCUAGAGGAAGACUUCAACGACAUUGACUUAGACGACUACAUGUAAAUAUUUCCUGUCUGGACGCUGCGCCCGGCAGUCAAGGAACACCACCACCCGGGCGGGCGAGGAACACCCUGCCUGCACGACCCCUGCCGCUGUGCUGGGGCGCCGCCCCCUGGGUGCUGUAUAGAUCUGGUGUUUCCUUGUUGAGAUGCAAAUUGCUCCCGAACCACUGGAGUAGUGUGGUUCUUCAUUGUUGCCUGACAAUCAGGCUUUUUCUGUUCUAUAAUAUAAAUUUUGAGUAUUAUUACCAGCAUCUAAUCCUGGGUAACAUUUUUACAAGGUGGCAUAUUGUGUGGGUGCUUGGGAGACUGCAUAUAGGUAGAGGGGAGGGAUGUCAGGGAAGGGAGGGGUCAUGGCGGCAGGACAGAGCUUGAAAGCUUCAGUAGAAACUUGUUGUCCGUGUCUGAAGUCAGGUUAGCUCUGCUUGUCUUGCAGCCGCCUCCUGUGGUGCCUCACAAGGCACGGGAGGCGGCUCUUAAUCAUGGUUACAAGCAAGUUGUGAAGACCAUAUUAUGGUUGUUUGACAUACAUGUAUGGCUUGAGACUCGCUUCACUUUUAUGUGCUGUGGAUGUAAAAUUUUUUCAAUGAUUAACUACAAUUAUAGGGAUAUGGGGUUAACUAUAGCAUUGUCAAAAUUACAUAGGAAAGUUAGGUUUUAAUUGAAGCUAUUUUAAUUCAACCACAAUUAUUUAAGCUCAAAAGUUAAAGAGUUUAAAUUUUUUGAUAUAUCUAUAUCUAUAUCUAUAUAUAUAUAUAUAUAUAUAUAUAUAUAUAUAUAUAUAUAUAUAUAUAUAUAUAUAUAUAUAUAUAUAUAUAUAUAUAUAUAUCAUGAGAGUACCUGCAUUUUGUAUUAACUUCUCAGCUCAGCACCUGUGGGAAUCAGGUGCUGAGUGGUGGCCAUGGCAGGGCUGGUGGCUGCUCCUUACUGGCCUGCAGAAAGACAACACCAGCCCAGAACUGUUAAUGCUGUAGUGAUCCUUCACCUCAGAACAAGAAAAAAAUUAACAACAAGCAUUUUCCCAUGUAUUUCAAGCAACCUGAUUCAGAUUUAAUAUUUUUUAUAUAUCUUGCAAAAAGACCACACUUGUAAAAGUACUGGAGUCUGCCCCAUGACCCGACAGAGUUGAUGCGAUAGACAUAGCGACGAGUUUGUACAUCUGAUAAUCCAGGCAUAUUUCUUCUUUUGACACUGUGAUGAACCCUGUUGUUCCAUUGUUUGCUUCAGUUAGGUGUUACUCGUAGAUGGUCGUGGUCAGUCGUUUCUGCAGAGGUGGUCACACGUAGCAUCAGGCAUUUCCCAAAUACUCGAGGCCGGAGGAAAGCGUAGCCGUGCAAUUCAAAGGUGUAGAGGACGUUGGGAGCCAGAGGGAAAGGGCUCAUGGUAUGAUGCGAGCCCAGUCCCACCUGAUUGUGUAACUACGUACUGUAUCGUAAAGCCUGCUGGUGUGCAGGACUGUCCUACAUCUGCAUACACACUUUUUUUAUGGUCAAGAGAGUCACACAGGCUAUGAAUUUCAAGUUGUGCUUAUGGAAAGCUGAUGGUGGGAGACUCUGGUGUGCCAGCAGAGGCUGCCUUGUGGAUGGUCUGCAGACAGUGUUUGUUGCUUGAUUCAGGAUCACAGAGUUGCCUGCCCUGUUUGAUAUACUAUAAGCCCCUAGUGUGGUUCAUUUUUGCCAAACUGUAGCAUCUUAUCUGUGCCUUAUUGGGUAUUUUUGUGUUCCUGUUCUUAUGGACAGGGUAUAUAAGUAUUUGUGCAAGGAAAUGAUAGAGUAGUAGGAAGCAUCAUUGGCUCUUGUCUUGAUAACGCAGUGUCAGCACAUUACCUCAGUUUGCACAUUACUUAGGUGAAGCCUCCCAGAACAGUUUUGAGUUGGGGCAUCGCCAGGACCAGCAGGCAUACUGUGGACCCCCCGAGGGGAGAGAAUUACUGUUUAUCCUCCUCAUGACCUAAAGGAACGAGUCCACAGUGCCUUUGCUAACAACUUAACUUGGGAUCUUGCUUACAAUCUUUUAGUUACAGAAGGCUUGCCUGAAAUUUUUUGUUUCUGGAGAUAGAAAAAUUGAAGGCAACCCAAAGAAUGGUAUGUAUGGGUUAUUGGAUGAAAACUGUAAUAAGUUCUUGCUGAAUUCAUUCUAUCACAAGCUGUUCUCUGCCAACUCUGAUCAGAAUUUAUGAAGCUAAAGUUUGUUUUAAUAAAUUUCAUGAAAAUGGUGAAUGAAAAUCCAGAUAUUACAUGUUUGCACUUUGUGAAUCAGCCUUGACUCCUAGUGAUUAAUUGUCCUUCAAGGCAAACGUUAUCCAUCCAUAUAUAAAGAAAAUUCCCACAUAUGGCUACAUGAAAUUGUUGGUGUAGGGCUUGUGCAACACUCCGUUAACCCAUCAGCUUCAUCAUUACCUGUUUCUGUAGGAUGGUUUUAACAUUUUGUCAAAGUUCAUUGACUCUUGAGACUUAACAGUGUAAGUGAUCUGGAAAUCAAUGAAGUCCCCCAGCCCAAACAGCCGCCAGUGUAUUAUUGUUUUUCUCUAGGGUUCUCGACACCUGUAUGGAUUGGCUAUUAAAACACUUAAGGGAAAAUA